AUAUAUGGCCCCGUCCCCCGUGCCGGCGCGCCUCCCCCUUUCAAGUUUCCCCGCACACCCAGGGAGGGACGCGCACCGAGGAAGCUGGAGCAGAGCAGAGACAGAGUAGCCCCGCGCCUCUAGCCCUCCAGGGAAAGCUUCGGGAAUGGCGGUGCUGCUCCGCCCGGCGGCAAUCGCCGGCGGCCGGCAGGUGUGGCCGGUGGCGGAGGCGGAGGACGAGGCGGCGCGCGAGGCGGAGGCUGCGUCGCAGCGGCUGGUGGAGGCGGUGGCGUGCGGCGACGCGCGGGAGGCCGGCGAGCUCCUCGCGGCGGGGCGCGCGGACGUGAACUACGCCGGGGUUGUCUGGCUCCGGGCGCGGCGCGUCGCGGAGGCGGAGCCGCGGGAGGGCGCCGCCGCCGAGGCGCGGGCCGUGCACGAGGAGAUCCGCGCCGACGUCUCGCCGCUCUUCCUCGCCGCCGGCAACGGGGACGCCGCGCUCGUCCGCGCCCUGCUCGCGAAGGGGGCCGACGUGAACGGGAAGGUGUUCCGAGGCUACCCGGCGACGGCCGCGGCGCGGGAGGGGCGCGUGGAGGUGGCGGAGCUGCUGGUGCGCGCGGGCGCGUCGCAGCCGGCCUGCGAGGAGGCCGUCGUGGAGGCGGCGCUGCAGGGCCAGGCCGCCCUCGCGGCCAUCUUCAUGGGCUCCGACCUCAUCCGCCCGCGCGUCGCUGUCCACGCGCUCGUGUCCGCCGCGGCGCGCGGCUUCGUCGAUGUGGCCGACACGCUCAUCAAGCGCGGGGCUGAUCCAAAUGCGACCGCCAGGGUGCUCCUGCGCUCGUUGAAACCAUCCCUGCACGCUAACGUCGACUGCACGGCGCUCUUCGCCGCAAUUGUGAGCCGCCAAGUCGCCGUGGUCCGCCAUCUACUCGAGUCCGGUGUCAAGAGGGACACGAAGGUGCGGCUGGGCGCGUGGUCCUGGGACACGUCCACCGGCGAGGAGCUGCGCGUGGGCGCCGGGCUCGCCGAGCCCUACGACGCCGUCUGGUGCGCCGUGGAGUACUACGAGUCCACGGGCUCCAUCCUGCGCUUGCUCCUCCAGAACGGGUACAAGUCGAGCGCCACGCACCUCGGACGGACGCUCCUCCACCACGCCAUCCUCUGCGGCAGCGCCGGCGCCGUCCGGACCUUGCUGGCGUCUGGUGCGGACUCCGAAGCUCCCGUGAAGACUUCCAGGAGCAGCAGGUUCAAGCCGGUUCACCUGGCAGCGCGGCUUGGCCAGCCGGAGAUCCUGCAGACGUUGCUCGACAGGGGCUGCGACGUGAACGUGAGGGCGGAGGCCGGCGACACCGCCGCCAUCCUCUGUUCGCGCCACAACCGCGAGGACUGCCUGAGAGUGCUCGUGGCCGCCGGUGCUGACGUCGCGCUGUUUAACUCGGCUGGUGAGUCCGCGGCUUCCGUCGCUUCUUCCGGCGGAUGGAAGAGUGGCUUCGACCGUUCUGUUCUUGGCGCGAUUCGGUCCGGGACCAUCCCGCGUUCAAGCGACCGGAACGUGUUCUCGCCGCUGAUGUUCGCCGCGCGGUGCGGUGACGCGGCCGCGAUGGAAGUGCUGCUCGCGCAGCCGGACGUGGACGUGGAUGAGCAGGACUUGGAAGGGUACUCGCCGAUAAUGACUACUGCCAAGGUGGGCAACGUCGAGGCCUUCCGCGCCCUCGUGUUCGCCGGCGCCAACGUGAAGCUGAGCAACAAGCGCGGGGAGACGGCCAUGGGGCUGGCGCAGCAGAGCAAGAAGAGGGACCUAUUUGAGCAGGUCAUGCUCGAGUUCGCGCUCGAGAAGGGCAUGCCGGGAGGCUUCUACGCGCUGCACUGCGCGUCCCGGCGCGGUGACACCGCGGCGGUGCGGCACCUGGCGAGCACGGGCUGCGACGUCAACGUCCCCGACGGCGACGGGUGCACCCCGCUGAUGCUCGCGGCCAGGGAGGGGCACGCGGGCGUGUGCGAGCUCCUCAUCUCCUACGGCGCCCGCUGCGACCUCGAGACGCCCCGCGGCGAGACGGCGCUCUCCCUGGCGCGGGCGGCACUGGCCACCGCGGCGUUCAACAAGGCCGAGGACGUGAUCAUGGACGAGCUGGGCCGGCAGGCGGUCCUCCAGGGCGCGCGCGUCCGGAAGCACACCAAGGGCGGGCGCGGGAAGCCCCACGGCAAGUCGCUGCGGAUGGUGGCCGCGGCGGGAUUGCUCCGGUGGGGCGGCUCGAGCCGGCGCAACGUGAUCUGCCGGGAAGCCGAGGUCGGCGGGAGCUCGGCGUUCCAGCGGCACCGGCAGAGGAAGGGCGACGCGUACGAGCCGGGGCUGUUCCGCGUGGUGACGGCGACGGGAAGGGAGGUGCACUUCGUGUGCGGGGGCGGCGAGGAGGCCGCGGAGCUGUGGGUGAGCGGCAUCAGGGCCGUGACCAGGGCGGCGUUCGGCAAGAUGGGCAAGGAGUGAGCGGGCGCGUGGCCUUGCGCUCUGUCCGUUAGGCUCUGUAGGUUUGCAUGCGUACGUGUAAAGAGUUUUAGCGGGCGUGUGGUGCGGUGUGGUGCGCAGCUGCGCUGGUCUUCAACUAAAAACUCGACCGGCGGGGGAAAGACCGCCCCCACGGCUUUCAAUUAAGAAGAGGCCAGUUGACCCCGGCCAAGAAAACCCCCCAAAGCCGGCUUCCGGGCUUGGACUGGCGGCACCUUAGCCCUGGGCCGGUCCGUAACCUUCAUGGGCCGGGUUCCGUCGCCCACUGGGCCGGGCCGUAGCCACAUGGGCCGGGUUCCGUUGCCCAAGAGCCGUGUCGCACAGCUAAGCUCAACGGAAGCACAGCGAGAGGUUUUUUCCCCCACAGGCAGGGUAAAUCCGCCCCGGUGGGGUUCGAACCCCCCAUCUGUGGAGUGCCGCCGGUUGCUUCGCACCAACUGGACUAACAACCUUAGGCAACUGGUCUUCAACUCGAAGGCUUUAGGCUGCUGAUGGGUGUGGCUUGCCACGAGGUUUUUUGGUUCAGGAGCAUGGGGGCUGUGUUGUGUGUCUAUAUAGCUUGGUGUAAUCUCGGAUAAGUUGCUUUAGCUUAACUGGCUUGUAGUUUUUCUAUCAGAACUCAGUCUCUUUCAGAAAACUCGCUGUUUGAGCUGUUCCAAGCUCCAACACGCCCAGUAUAA